AUGUAUACUGAAAGAUCUAGAAACUCUAGAAGAUACCGAUCUCGUUCACCUCAUAGUGGUGAUCGUCACCGUGAAGAGGUUACUCACCGCCACCGAUAUAGUCGAGAAUAUGAGCGUGAAGAUCGCAGGAAUGCCGAUUAUACUGAACCAUCAUAUCGAAGUUCUCCAAGGAACGAAAAGCCUCACUAUGAGGCCCGCGAUAGCGGAAAUGAUAUACAACCGAAAAGUCAGCAGUCUGAAAAACCACCUGACUCUGAAACUAUAAAAGAACCGAACUCUAAUCAUAAGCCAAAAGUUCCAAUUUCUCUAGAAGAAUUACUACAGAAACGUGAGACUGAAAAACAAGCAAAUGAUAGACCUAAAUUUUUGACAAAAGAAGAUAGAGAAAAAUUAGCGCUAGAGGAACGACAUAAAGAAGUCGAGCUAUUGCGCCAAAAACAAGAGGAAGAAAGACGUCAGCAAGAAGAAUUCAGAAGACGUGCGAUGGAAGAAGCUCGACAAAACGGCUAUGGCCGCGACAGGCGAGAUUAUUAUGAUCGUUAUGAUCGCGAUAGAUUUGACCGAUAUGAUCGUGAUAGAACAAAGGGAAGAGAUCGUGAUACUGGUGACAAACGUUCCACUGAUAAAUCUGAUCCCAAUGACGAAAAAGAUAGGUUAGAUGAGAAAGAAUUACAGGCAAUACGAGAACGUUAUAUGGGUGGCGAGCGCAAAAAACGUAAAAUAAGAAAGAUGAAUGAGAAAAAAUUUGUGUUUGAUUGGGAUGCUGGUGAAGACACUUCUCAAGAUUUCAAUCCUCUAUAUGCAACUAGACAUAAUGCUCAAAUGUUUGGACGUGGUCAUUUCGCUGGUAUUGAUAUAAAAGAGCAAAAACGAAAUCGUGCACAAUUUUAUAAUAAAAUGUUAGAAGAGAGGAGAACACUGGAUCAAAAAGACCGUGCAGAGGAAAGAAUGGAAAUUGAUCGAAAGAAAGAAUUAAAGAGUAUGUGGGAUGACAGGCAUUGGUCUGAGAAACCAUUGAGUGAGAUGAAAGAAAGAGACUGGCGUAUUUUUAAGGAAGAUUUUAAUAUAACAACAAAAGGUGGCAGCAUUCCAAAUCCUAUAAGGUCAUGGUCGGAACCUGGUUUGUCUGAACAAAUUCUAGAAAUUCUUGCAAAUAUUGGUUAUAAAGAACCUACUCCUAUACAGCGCCAAGCCAUACCAAUCGGGUUACAAAAUAGGGAUAUCAUUGGUAUUGCGGAAACUGGAACUGGUAAAACCGCGUCAUUUGUUAUUCCAAUGCUUAUGUAUAUAUCUGAACUUCCUAAAUUAUGUGAGGAGAACAUGUCUGAUGGCCCUUAUGCCUUGAUUUUGGCUCCAACACGUGAAUUGGCACAGCAAAUAGAACAAGAAACUUUAAAAUUUGCUGCUCCAAUGGGCUUCAAUUGUGUUUCCAUCGUUGGUGGGCAUGCAGUUGAGGAGCAAGCAUUCAACCUAAGAAAUGGGGCAGAGAUCAUUAUUGCAACCCCAGGUCGUUUGAAGGACUGUCUUGAUCGAAGAAUUUUGGUUCUUAAUCAAUGCACAUAUGUGGUGAUGGAUGAAGCUGAUCGCAUGAUAGAUAUGGGUUUCGAAGCCGAUGUAAACGUGAUAUUGGAUGCGUUGCCUGUGUCUAACGUGAAACCUGAUACUGAUGAAGCUGAAAAUCCAAUAGAGUCGCUCAAAAAAAGUGGCCGAAAAGAACGGUACAGGCAAACGGUUAUGUUUUCAGCUACUAUGCCUCCUGCUGUUGAACGAUUGGCCAAGAGGUUACGGCCUGCUGUUGUGACGGUAGGUACUGCUGGCCAAGCUGUAGACACCGUGGAACAAAGGGUUGAAAUGAUUAACGAUGAAGGAAGAAAGAA